CCCAUAAUAAAAAGUUUGAGAGUGUUGAUGACAUAAUGGACAGCUUACUGUAUUGCCGUGUAACCCACCCUUCCCUCCAUUUUAGAGUAACUGGAUAACGCACCCAAAAGCUCAACAAAAUUCAAACUUUAUCUUCAAUGAAUCUUUUCAACUGCAAAUGCAAAUCCAACAAUUUCUUCAGCAUUCAUCUUCCUCCGCCUCACAGCUCGCUCUGUAACCGUCGUACAACUAGGUUCUCCGUCCGUUUCUCAUCCGAGUCAACUCACAGAGUCAAACUCGCCGAGUCACUGCAAUCCGAAACCUUGAAGCUUCUAGAAUGGCCCGCCGUGUGUCAACAGCUCUCCGCUUUCACGUCCACAUCAAUGGGAUACGCCGCAGCACAAUCUGCUCGGAUUCCGGUGGGUAAAACUCGUGAAGAGAGCAGUAGACUUCUCUCUCAGACCUCGGCCGCCGUGGCUGUACCUCGGCCGUUGGAUUUUACCGGAAUUGAAGAUAUUUCCCCAAUUGUUGAUGCUUCCGUUGCAGGCGGUAUACUCUCGAUUCGUGAACUUUGCUCUGUGAAACGGACCUUGGCAGCGGCGAGAUUUUUGCUCCAACAGUUGGAGGAGAUUGAUUUCUCUGAAAGGUACUCUUCUCUGAAGGAAAUUCUUCACAGUUGUGAUUUUCUUGUGGAAUUGGAGCAAAAAAUAGAAUUCUGUAUUGAUUGCAGCUUUUCAGUAAUCCUUGAUAGAGCUAGUGAAGAUUUGGAAAUUACAAGAUCUGAGAGAAAGAGGAACAUGGAUAAUCUAGAAUUAUUGUUGAAGCAAUUAUCAACUCAAGUUUUUCAAGGUGGAGGAUUUGAUAGGCCUUUAGUGACCAAGCGCCGUUCAAGAUUGUGUGUUGCUGUGAGAGCUUCACAUAGAUCUUUGCUUCCUAAUUCUGUAAUCCUAGAUACAAGCAGUAGUGGAUCUACAUACUUCAUGGAACCUAAAGAGGCAGUUGAGCUAAACAACAUGGAAGUUAAACUUUCUAGUUCUGAGAGGGUUGAGGAGCAAACAAUUUUGAGUUUGCUUACAUCUGAAAUAGCAGAAUCUAAUAUGAAAAUAAAGCACUUAUUAGAUAAAAUAUUGGAAAUCGAUCUUGCAUUUGCAAGGGCUGCUCAUGCUCAGUGGAUGGGUGCUGCCUGUCCAGCUUUAAGUCCAAGAAAUUGCAACAUAUCCCAAUCUGAACAUUUAUCUAUAAAUGUAGAAGGGAUACAACAUCCUUUGCUUCUUGAGUCCUCCUUGAAAAACUUGUCGGCUGAUGUGUCCCCAAGAUCACCUGAUUUGGAUCAAGGAAAUGGUGUCAUGAAUUUCGAGACAAAAUCUCGUGCACAUUUCCCUGUGCCCAUUGAUAUUAAAAUUGGUCAUGGAACAAAGGUUGUUGUCAUCUCGGGCCCAAAUACCGGAGGCAAAACGGCUUCAAUGAAGACUCUAGGACUGGCUUCUAUGAUGUUGAAGGCUGGCAUGUAUUUGCCUGCCCAAAAUAAACCACAGCUUCCAUGGUUUGAUCUUAUUCUGGCAGACAUUGGAGACCAACAGUCUCUGGAGCAAAGUCUAUCAACCUUUAGUGGGCACAUUUCACGGCUUCGUGAGAUUCUGGAAGUUGCUUCUGGAGAAUCUCUAGUUCUUAUUGAUGAAAUUGGAAGUGGGACCGAUCCUUCAGAAGGUGUAGCACUUUCAGAAAGCAUACUGCAAUAUCUCAAGGAUAGGGUUAAUUUAGCUGUUGUAACUACCCACUAUGCGGAUUUAACUCGCUUAAAAGAAAAGGACAAUCGGUUUGAAACAGCAGCAACAGAGUUUUCCUUGGAGACUCUACAGCCUACCUAUCGGAUUCUAUGGGGAAGCAUGGGUGAAUCAAAUGCCUUGAAUAUUGCAAAAUCAAUGGGCUUUGAUGAAAGAAUAAUUGAGCGAGCAGUAUUAUGGGUGAACAAACUGAGACCAGACAAGCAGCAGGAGCAGAAGGGUUUACUUUAUCGGUCACUAAUUGAAGAAAGAGAUAGACUAGAAUCUCAAGCAAUGGAAGCUGCUUCUCUUCAUUCAGAUAUUAUGAACAUUUAUAAUGAGAUUAACAAUGAAACACAAGAUCUUGAUGGACGUGAAGCUGCCCUCAUAGCAAAGGAAACACAUGAAGUACAACAGGAAGUGAGAGCUGUGAAAAAUGAGAUCCAAACUAUAGUACAGCGGUUUGAGAGCCGACUUGGAAAUGUAAGUGCUGACGAGAUUAAUACACUUGUAAAAAAAGCGGAAGCUGCUAUUGCAUCGAUAGUUGAAGCUCAUCAGCCUAGUAAAGAUUUUCUUGUCAGAGAAAUAGGCCAGAGCCUUUACACACCACAGGUUGGCGAACAAGUAUAUGUGAAGGCAUUUGGAAAUAAGUUGGCCACUGUGGUUGAGGAACCUGGGGAUGAUGACACUAUCCUUGUUCAAUAUGGAAAAAUCAGAGUCCGCGUGGGCAGGAGCAGUAUAAGACCCAUUCCCCCUGAUGAUUCCUCCAGUGCAGCUAACUUGAAAACCCAGGUUCAGCGGAUCAGGAGUCUCAGGGACCUUGGAAGUCUCUCUGACGCAAGCAAAAAUCAGCAGGAUUCUUAUGGCCCUGUGCUGCAGACAUCUAAAAACACCGUAGAUUUACGUGGCCUGAGAGUGGAGGAUGCUUCUCAUCAGCUCAAAAUAGCCAUUGAUUCAAGAGCGCCUAAUUCUGUUAUUUUUGUUAUUCAUGGGAUGGGCACUGGAGUCGUAAAAGAAUCUGCACUUAAAUUACUAAGAGAUCAUCCUCGUGUUGUUAAGUUUGAACAGGAAAGUCCUAUGAAUUAUGGCUGUACAGUUGCUUAUAUCAAAUGAAAACAUUUGGACCAAAGUAUAAAAGUAAUAUUACUCAACCCAUGUUUCUGAA